CGUUUCAUAUGAAUAAAUUCAAGGGGCGGGUCUUUGCCGAGCGCCGCAGAUAUCGAUAAGGCAUAAUUCUCCUCAACGGAGUGUUUUAUGCCGAAGAAAUGGACACGGGCUGCCAACAAUACCUAUUAGAAGCGGCUCACGUAUUUAUUUAAGCGCUGCAAUUUGUCCAGCGUGUUUGGAGGGGAAGGGAUCUUGGGAAAUGGGCCGUUCAUGGGAAGAGCGAGACCGUUGUAACCGUUUCUGCACAAUUAUAUCUACACCGGAUACCGGGAAAUGAACCACGCUCGAGCAACGAACUGGAUACUGUCUUUACGAGGAGCUGUCGGCAUAAAUAUAUGAUAUGUUUCAUCCGAUUUGAUUCCUUGCACUGAUAACAUCGAUAUUCUCUAUUUAUGGCCGUUCUGUCAUCUUGAUAUCGGGUGUGUAAAGGGGCGCGCGCGUGAGCCGCAUCCGCGCGAGGUGCAUCUCAACAUGACAGCAAUGUAUAGAGGAAGGAUACCAAGCGGGAAGACCUGUGGCUAUCCGGGGGACAUUUUAUCAGGGUCAGAUGGCCUGUCUUGAAUAAGAAACAAGCAAAAAAUGGACAGCUCCAAUUCAAGGAUGGUCCUGAGGAGCUCACGGCGUCUGCUGGGAUGUUGUGUGCUUCUGCUCAUGACCGUGAUGCUGGUGGGCUUCAUGCUGACGUCCAGCACAACCGUGGCAGUGGAGCUCCCAUCCAACAUAUCUAGAAGGAGCCUCAAUCAACUUCCAACAAGAACACGUUCACCUCCUGCCUUAUCUUCAUCUUCAUCAUCAUCUCCUCAGCGUUCUGAAAGAAGCAGGCGUCCAGCUCACACGCCACCAGGUGCCAAACAUCCCUCGUCUCCUGGUCACCAUGACAGUGCCUCCAGCAUAGAUCCCACCCCGUCCCUUGGCUCCGAAGGGUCGGGUAACUUAGGCGACGGGGCCCAGGGCAUCCACUUGCUAUUACGGCCCCCAGACCUUCUAACGCCCAGCCAGAUGCCUCCUCUCCAUGGCGACAGACCGCCUACGCCAGCCCCCCCGACCCUAGUGCCACCCGAAGACCUGUAUCCCGCCCACUCCGCGGAGGUGGACUGGGGUUCCGGAGACUACCUGGAAACUCUUACAUUCAUGGGAUCUGAAGGGGAGGAGUUUUCUCUCGUCACCACCCUCCCUACCCAUGGAUACGAUCCGUAUGAUUCUGACGAUGAUGCCACAGUCAGCUACAACACAGCUUUCCCCUCUCGUCCCAUACUGCCUCUCUCGUCCAGAGACCUCCAGCCCAGCGCGACUGUAAAAUAUGGGACUAACUUAAGGACGGCCCAUCCUACUGAUCCCCGCCUUCCAUUAGCUCCUGACUCUGCCCACACGAGCGAUAUGGACGAUGAUUUGGAUUUCGAUUGGGCGGAGCUUUUUCCCAUUGAGCCGACUGAAAUGCUGCUUCCCGAUAUGAACAGUCUGGAAUACUACAACACGUUGCAAGCCAAAGAGAAUGCUAGUAUUGCGAGGAAUAGGACACACCCUCACAUUACUCCCACGCACACUGUGGGAACCCCCCACACUACCACUGCAACUUUGGAAAAAGUCCCCGAUCAUAUUGACCUGACGGCCCCUCAGCCCAUCCCAUCAGUGACCCCAACUCCACCCCAAAAACCUAUGAAGCCUCCAGUCCCAUCAACCACCGAGACCCAACGACCUCCUGAAGCCCCAGAGAAGGGUGUUCCUUCCAUACCCACUUCCUAUUGGGGCAAAACCCGGCCGUCAGUGCCACCACCUCCACCCGGCACCUCAGAGGGUCCAGUAAUACAAGCCGUCACGCUGAAGCCCCCUGCUACGAAACCCCGUACGACCACCACCAAAACUACAACUACAACUAAAACCACAACUACCAUGAGCCCCACCAGCCUCUCCACCAAAAGUCCACCGCCUACAACUCCCAGAAUUCCUCUGUCCAUCGCACCCCGACAGUAUGUUUGCAACAUUACCAAACCGGACAUGUACCUAGUCCGAGUGGGCAUGCCAAGUGGGUCGUCCGUGGCAUUUGCCAAAGCUCAUGUGCGGGAGAUUCUUCGACGAGAGUUCAACCGUUCAGUUGAGCUACAGGUCCUCAAAGCCCCGCCAAAUUUCAUCUUCCGGGCAGUGUCCGGUCCACUAGUGUACACUGCUAUGUCCGUCAUCAAUGCUCUCCGCCAAUCAGCACACAGCACUUCCUCUUCUACCAUUCUAUCCGUCACAACCAUAUAUGCAGUGCCCGAUUACAAACAUCAGGUCCACACAGUGCUGCAGUUUGUCCCGAGUCAUGUGGACGUGCGUCUGUGUAGCUUCAGUGAGCGUGUGGAGAAGGGGCUACUCAUGGCGUACGCGGAAGUACGCAAGCGCUCGCAAGAAAAUGGAAAUUUCACAGUUCAUAUUGUGAAUAUCACUAGUAGCCUUCCUAAGGGUCAGCGGCAACAGAAGGCUCCGGUGGACAUCACCUUUGCGGUGCGUGAUUCCCAAGGCUUCCUAACGGGAUCAGACGUGAGUGGCCACAUGAGGCAGCUCAGCGCUGUGGAGUUCAGCUUCUAUCUUGGUUUUCCUACCCUGCAGAUCGCUGAACCUUUUCAUUAUCCUGAACUGAAUGUGUCCCACCUUUUACGCACAUCCUGGGUGAAAACAGUUUUACUGGGUGUGUUGGACCAGCGUGUGAAUGAAAGGACCUUCCAGGCCAAAAUGGAGAGGCGAUUAGCACUGCUGGUCGGAGAGGGACUUGGGAUCGGGGUUAGCAAUCGACGAUGGAGAAGAGCUACUAGUAUUGGCAACAACAGUGUACAGAUUGUUCGAGCGUCCCGUCUGGAUGGCCCAGACUACCCACUGGAGCUGGUGUAUUUUGUGGAAGCAGGGUCAGGAGAGAGACUGCCAGCCCAGGCCACUGCAGCCAUGCUCAACAGACUGAACCUGCAGAGAGCUGCCAUUGUACUGGGCUACCGAGUACAUGGAGUUUUGGCCACACCGGUGGAGAAGCUGGCCCUGGCACCCUCUGAGACUCAGCCCAGUAACGUUUGGCUGAUCAUAGGAGUUGUGGUCCCAGUGCUGGUGGUCAUCCUCAUCAUCAUCAUCCUCUACUGGAAACUGUGCCGCUCUGAGAAGCUGGAGUUUCAACCAGACGCCAUGAGCACCAUCCAGCAGAGACAGAAGUUGCAGCCUCCCAGCGUUAAAGGCUUUGAUUUUGCUAAGCUACACCUGGGGCAACACAGUAAGGAUGACAUCAUGGUAAUCCAAGAACCCUCCUCUUUACCUCCGCCUGUUAAAGAGGCCACGCCCUCAGAGGGCGGAGAAUUGAACACUCCUAAAUCGAAGAGCUCAUCUACAAAAGCAUCACGUGCAGCACGGAGAAGAGGCCGAUUGUCUCCAUCUGAUGGAGAUUCAUUAGGAAGUGAAGCAUCCAGCGGUAGAGAAUCAGCUGAGGAGAGCACCAGACCUGCUGUGACGCCAAGUGACUGCAAACCCCAACAUCGCAAGAGCAAACAUGCAAAAAACAAACUUGGUACUCAGCCUGGAAGUGGUGUGGAUGAGCAGUUGUCCUCAUCAUCCAUAUUUGAGCAUGUGGACCGCCUGUCUCGAGGUUCGUCAGAUGGAACACGCAGAGUGUCCAAUAAGAUACAGCUUAUCGCCAUGCAGCCCAUGCCAAGCCCGCCCUCCCAUCCACAUAACCAAGCCCUGAGUCCGAACCUGACGGACAAGAUGCCUGACGGAGCAAAGGUCAACAGUGAGAUUCAAGUAGCCUUAAGGCAUAAAUCCGAGAUUGAACACCAUCGCAAUAAAAUCCGCCUGCGUGCCAAGAGAAAGGGCCACUAUGAUUUCCCCUCCAUGGAGGACAUCAUGGCAGCAUUCGCCGACAGCUCCGAGCAGCAGCGAGUGUAUCAACAAGCUCAGGAGCAGAUACACAAGAUCCUGCAUCCUGAGGAACACACACCUUCAUCGUGCGGAGAACCACGCAAAAGUUCCAGAGGAAAACGCUCUCCCAGGCACAGACAGAGACAAAAUUUGAGUGGAAGCGGAAGUCUCAGAGACAAAGAUCGCCUCAUUACUGACGGAGAUGCCACGUACAGGAAGUACCCCGGGGUGAACAAUGUAGCCUAUGUGUCCGAUGCAGAUCAGCUCCCAGAUGCAGAAAGCCCUUCUCCUACUGAUGAGGUGUUUUUGGACCCUGGAUCACCACCAUCUGGCCCCGCCCCUGCUCCGCCCAGCUACGUUCCCCCUCAGCCAACCAUCGAAGAAGCCCGGCAACAGAUGCACUCCUUAUUGGAUGAUGCUUUUGCUCUGGUCUCACCCUCUUCUCAAGGAAGCCCCGCUCCUCUAACGUUCACUGGCGUUACUGCGGUCACUGGCGUUGGAGGAAUCAGCCCCGGUCAGCCCUCCAGCCCGUCCUCACGCCCUGCACGCCAAUGGGGCUCCUCUUCUUACCCAGCAGCCCCUGCACACAGUCCUUUCUCUGCGAGGUAUGCCGAAUUAGGAAUGUCUCCCACAUCAGUCCAGGGUUUAUUGCAGAGGCAGGCGCAAGGCUCUGCAUAUCUGGCAUCAGCAGAGAUGCAGUCAGAUCCUGGAUACUCCAGCAGGGGGCAGUAUGGAGAAGAGAUGCCAUCGUCUUCUCGGCCACGACCCGUAGGGGGCAGCACAGGUGCACAGCUGCAUCAGCUGACACAAGUGGGCUUGUCAAGUCGGAUUGGACUGUAUCCUGGAGUUGGCCGUAGUGUAUCUGGACCCUCGGGAUCAAGCUGGGCUCAGUACCGUUCAGAUGAGGAGAUCUCCAGACCAGGAUCCAACAGAGAGGCUAUACUGACAUUCCCAGAAUACACUUCAUCACCUGUAUUCCAGAUGCCCAGGACGUCCCUGCAGGAUCCCACGACACCCCAGGCCCACCUGGAAGCCUCGAGCGCGGGGUACAUUGGCCCUGAGGAGCGUUCUCCACCCCCUCACUCCUCUGCCUCUCUCAUCAAGGCCAUCAGGGAAGAACUGCAGAGACUUUCUCAGAAACAGGCUGCUGUUGUCAGCUACCACAGUUGAGAAAGACCAUCCCAAAACCCCAAACCCCCCGAUGUACCACAUAAACAACCUCACAAAAAAUUCCAACACAGCUCGAUGGCUGAGAAACUGCUUUCCUCAAAACCCAAACCAAAAUCUUCAAAUUCAAGUACGGCUGGUCUGUUACAUAUGAAGAAGUACUAGCAAUCAUCCAUGCUUGUAUUGGCAGGAAAAAUCCACAAUUGAAAUUUCACUGCUGACAUGCAGAAAAUACACUUAAAUACUCUCUCCUAUAAUUCACAAAGAAAAAACUCACCCUAAACGUCAUGUCCAGACUGUUUAGAAAAAUAGACAGAGUUGCCCCAUAUUCAGACUCUCAAUUUGCAUGCUGAGAGCUGUGAACCUUCGAGACUUAGUGCUGACUGUUGCUAAUGUGAAAAUCACUCCCAUUCAGUUCCAUGUCUCUCAAAGUGCUUCCUUCAAAUGGGUCAUCUUCGUGUCUCCGGACUUCCUCUGGUGCUAAAAACCAUUUCUGGGCUCUGCCACAAUACCACAAAUCAGCCCUGAUCAAAAACUCUGAAGUGGCAUUCUUUUAUCUUUUACUUUUUUUUCCCGCUGUCCAGUUCUGUCCAUUUAUUCAAGACGGCUUAUCAAACGGAAACAUGCUCUGUUCCACAACCUAGUGAGCUGCCCUGAAAAAGGUAGCCAACAUAAUUAUUUCCCUUAUAAGAUACCUUAUGAAGUUUCAGCCAAAUAAUAAAGCAGAAUUGCAUGAAUUCUUCACAGAGAAGGCAAACCAACAAGCAUGGUGGACGAGGCAAGAGAAAUAUCAAUUAUAAAGUUAUAUUUCAUUCGAUAAUGUUUAUAAAAACUAUAAAUUAAUUAUUUUACCCAACAUUUGCGAGUUCUGUGUAUUUUUAUAUUUAUUAUAGUGUCAUGCCAUUAGCUUAGAAAAAUGCUAACGUCAAAGACAGGGCAAGAGAAAUGUCGGUUAUAAAGUUAUAUUUCAUUCGAUAAUGUUCAACUUACAACUCGCAAAUGUUGGGUAAAAUAAUAGAUUUUAAGUUAUGAACGUUAUCGGAUGAAAUAUUACUUUAUAACGGACAUUUCCCUUGCCCUGUCUAGACCUUAACCAAAGACUUUGCUUUAAUGUUAGCAUGUUGAUACACAAAUCAAUUGCAAAUCGAGUCAUCCAACAUAGUGUGUUCCAAAUGAGCCACUUAUGAAGCUCCAUGAUAAUUGGGAUGCUGCCCAUGUAGGCAGUGCGGCAGCUCACUAGGCUUUGGAACAGAGCCAUAGUCUGUCAAGGUCUUCAGGUCUUGCCUUACAUUUGAGCUCUGAGUACUUCAGACUCUGCAGGGGAGGGAAACAGAUUUAGUUGGGAUUGUGAACAGUGAAGUUACUCUGCUGCGUACUCUGAGUUUUUGAGCCAGCCCACAUGUGGAGAUGAUCGACAGGCGGCCUCAGUUGCCGACCAGCAUGGUUCCCAUGCCGAUAACAUCAUAUUACUUUGUCCAACCUGUCUGCAUCUGAGGAAAGGUAUCAAAGCAAACAUUCACGAUGCCCGUGUGUAUUCUUUUGAGCUCUUUUUGCCACUGGGUUAUGAAUGUUGGCUGUCCAAUCAGUUCAAUGUCUUUGUAAAGUAUGGCUGAGGUAGUUUCUCAGAUAUUAAUUUUGCACAUUUUCUCAUCUUUGCACAUUCAUAUCAUAGUGAUAAUGGAAGUCAAUCAGUUAAAGAGUUUAUUGUGGAAAAGAGAGACAACUAUACAGUAACUAUAUAAAUAUAUAAAGAAAGAUAUGAGUUCAUAUUCUAUACAAAUAUAUAUAUAUAUAUAUUGCAUAUUAAUGUAUCAACUCAUUGAGCACAAUCUGAUUAUAUGUUAGAUUCUCUGUUAAACAUAUUAGAUUGUAUUUAUUUUUUAUUGUUAUGAAACGUAUUGAAGAUGUGGGAAAAGUGUUGCUAUGGGACAUUUAAAAAAAAAAGACCAAAUCACUGUUGAGGCAUAUAGUUCCUUUAGCUUCGUAAUUCGGUCUCAAUGUAUUUUCAUGUAUAUGGUCAUGUGGAUUUGCACAGAGGUAUUGUAAAGAUUCCUUUAAGGAAAUGUGUUGAGGUUAAAGGCCUUGUUCUGUAUUUCGUUUGAAUUCUCGGUCCUAUUUUUCCUCUAUUUAUUUUUUAUCUUUUUAUUUCUCUUUUCUCCUCGGUUCCCACACUCAUGGAGAAUAAAGUGGCUUCAAAAAAGGUCAUGGAAAGAUCAUCAAAAUUUCUGGAAUUAAUAUAAUAUUUUCUAGAUUUCAGGGUACAUCAUAUAUAUCUAGUAAAUAUUUCAUUAUCUCGAAAUUGGGAGUGCAAUAAAAGGAUUUUAAAAAUCCGUAUCCAAUAAUCAUGGCUAUAAUCAAUAAUGAACUAAUUGAAUGUCAUAAAAUGUAUUGGCCAAAAGGUGUGGAAACCCUGUCUGUCUUUUUAGUUUUCUUUUCUCUCCUUAAUACCUGUAUUUUCUUACAUCUAGACUUUUCCUUUCUUCAUUCUUUCUUUAUUUCUAUCAAUCAUGUAGACUCCUGGCAGGCCUUAAAUUGGUACGCAUGUGAAGUGAUGGAUUAUGCUUUAUUUCUUCCUUGUUUAUUUUGUGUGAUUAUGUCUUGAUGGGCAUGCAAAUAGUCUUUAAAAAUAUUGAAAAAUACUACAAACAAGCUUGAUUGAAUUUAGCCUACUUUGAAAGACUAAUAUGUAAUGGUUCAUUAGACAAAAAACCAAUGGUCAAAGCACAGAAAAACCAUCCUGAUCAUCGAGAAAAAAGAAAAAAAAAGAAAUUUUCAGUAUUUUGUCAUUUUUAAACCUGAAUAAUAUUUUUGAAAGUAUUUGAAAAUCAAUAUUUAUGACUAAAAUAUAUCUCAUAGAAAGAGUAUUAAUGUGUAAAUGGACAUUUCUCCAUAUUUAAAUAUUCAGUAUGUAGUCCACAGUUGACCAGUAUGAGGCAAACAUCAUUGGUAGACGCCCCUUUUCCCACUGUGCAAAGACCAACUGGGAUUUUUUUAUUUUCUUUCAUUUCUUUUUAUUUUCAAUUUUGCAGAUUCCCUAAUGAGAAGUGUACGCAUAUAAAAGACUAAGUUGUGAAUAAGUGUUAUAUUUACAGUCAGUUGAUUAACAUGGUGCUAUACUCAAUACACUCUGUGUGUGUGUGUGUGUGUGUGUGUGUGUGUGUGUGUGUGUGUGUGUGUGUGUGUGUGUGUGCGCGCAAUAGUAUACCUCCCCCUGUCCCUAUGUCGGUGCCAUAGAGGAUGUUCUAGGAAUGUAAACUAAAUCUUACAGAAAGUUCAUUUUUUGAUUCAUUUAAACUACCUGAAAUCUAACAACAUUUUAUCAUCUUUUUUUUGUUGUUGUUGAAGAUGCUAACACCAUCUUUGUGAUCCUAUCAUGGAGGUAUAUAUGUAUAUUUCUCUCAUUCUGUCUUGUUUCUUUCUCUCUUGGUCUCUGCGAACUGCAUCCCAGUAUUUGAUGUUUAAUGUCUCUAUAUUGUCGUGUAAAUUAAAUAAUAAACAAUGUGCCGUCA